GACGGACAGAAUCAUAAGCCAAUGAGAAGAAAGAACGGGUCGCUUUAGUCCUAUGGGCUAUGACAACACAGAACAUGGGGGGUCUUUCCGGAUCUUCGCACGCCUCCGGGUACUCCAGCCCAGCAGUGUUGUAGCUGAGGGGACCAUCUGCCCAGGAACAGAGAUGGACAGAAACAAGUGGAAAGGCAGGAGAAGACGUGGGCGAAGCUACCACCAGAGCCCUGCCCUCGGCCAAUGUGAUUCCAGCAAGAGGUACACCACAGGGGCAUCUCAGAGCUUGCAAGAUUCUGCCCACCAUGAUGCUGAGUCCCCGUCAACCUCGUCCAGCAGAGCUGGAGAGUCUUCAGUGCCAGAUCUUCCAGGUUUUUACUUUGACCCUGAAAAGAACAGAUACUUCCGUUUGCUCCCGGGUCAUAACAACUGCAACCCCCUCACAAAGGAGGGCCUCCAGCACAAGGAGAUGGAGAGCAGGAGGCUGCAGCUGCUGCAGCAAGAGGACAAGCAGAAAAAGAAAAUUACCAGACUAGGAUUUAAUGCAUCUUCCAUCCUACGAAAAAAUCAGCUGGGUUUUCUCAACUUCUCCAGUUAUUGCCGUUUAUCCCAUGAGCUGCGAGUGAGCUGUAUGGAGAGGAAAAAGGUAGAGAUUCAGAGCUCAGACCCUUCUGCUCUGGCGAGUGACCGGUUUAACUUCAUCCUGGCAGACACUACCAGUGACCGCCUCUUCACAGUGAAUGACGUCAAAAUUGGAGGCUCCAAGUACGGCAUCAUCAACCUGCAGGGCCUGAAGGCCCCCACGUUCGAGGUGCACAUGCAUGAAAACCUGUACUUUACCAACAGGAAGGUGAACUCUGUGUGCUGGGCCUCACUCAAUCACCUGGACUCCCACAUUCUGCUGUGCCUCAUGGGCCUUGCAGAGACACCAGGCUGUGCCACCUUGCUCCCCGCAUCACUGUUUGUCAGCAAUCCCCAAGCAGGUACAGACCAGCCUGGCAUGCUCUGCAGUUUCCGGAUCCCUGGGGCCUGGUCCUGUGCCUGGUCCUUAAACGUCCAGGCAAAUAACUGCUUCAGCACAGGUUUGUCUCGGAGGGUCCUAUUGACCAACGUGGUGACGGGACACCGGCAGUCAUACAGGACCAACAGUGAUGUCUUGGCCCAGCAGUUUGCAGUCAAGACUCCUUUGCUGUUCAACGGCUGUCGUUCUGGGGAGAUCUUUGCCAUUGACCUGCGUUCUUCAAGUCAGGCCAAGGGCUGGAAGGCUACCCAAAUUUUCCAUGACUCAUCAGUGACCUCUGUGCAGAUCUUCAAGGAGGAGCACUACCUGAUGGCAUCAGACAUGGCUGGAAAGAUCAAGCUGUGGGACCUGAGGGCCACUAAAUGUGUGAGACAGUAUGAAGGUCAUGUGAAUGAGUAUGCCUACCUGCCACUGCAUAUGCACGAGGAGGAAGGGAUCCUGGUAGCAGUGGGCCAAGACUGCUACACAAGAAUCUGGAGCCUCCAUGAUGCCCAUCUGCUCAGAACCAUACCUUCUCCAUGCCCAACGUCCAAGGCCAACAUUCCCAGUGUGGCUUUUUCUCCUCGGCUUGGGGGCCCCCGGGGAGCCCCAGGGCUGCUCAUGGCUGUCCAGCAGGACCUUUACUGCUUCUCGUACAGCUCAUCCUGUCCAGACAGUCAGAAGGAGGGCACGUGGGAGCUCCCUUCUGUUUCUAAUGAGGACAUUUUAUAAAUGGUACUCACUGUAUUCAGAUGGAGUCCUUCAGCCUCGGAGGGCAAAGUGACUACAGUGAGGGCUGGAGAGAUGGCUCAAUGGUUAAGCAUUGGCUGCUCUUCAGGAGGACCCAGGUUCAAUUCCCAUCAACCAAAUGGCAGCUCAUACCCAUCUCAAAGUUCAGUUCCAGAGAAUCCAGCACCCUCUUCUGGCCUCCUUGGCAACAGGCAGACAUGGGAUAUGGAUAGAAAUGCAGGCAAAACACCCAUACACAUGAAAUAAAAGAUAAUUUUUUUUUCAAUUUUCUAAUCUUGUCAAAGUAUGUGAAAUGACAUAAAUAAAAGCUCAGAGCAUGGAAGGCCUUAUCAUAAAA